AUGUCCGAUCACGGAAGCAAUCAAUCGAGGCGUUCCUCCUCUCAGACCUCUCACGCAUCCACCGAGAACAAAAAACCGAAAACCCUACGUGGAGUUCCUAAACGACAUGGCUCCAAAGCAUCCACCAAAUCCACAGAUGUCGAGGAUCCCGCUUUGACUUCAUUCCCAUCCUUUUCGCCCGAGCCUGAUACCAAGACAUCGAACAGUACAAAAGAGGUGGCGGUGAAACCGACACGAACAAUCUCGCAAAAGGCGAGAGAUAGAAAAGUGACUCUGGCUGGCUUGACCAAUGCAUCACCCUCUUUCAAUAAACAGAAUGCGUUGUUUGAUGAUUCGCCCCGUUCUUCCUUGGACAUUCCAGGCUCCCUACACCUGGGAAGUAAUGAACAUAUUGAAAGACUCAUCGCCCGAACGGGUGCCGUCAAACUAGUCCGCCAAUAUGCUGCUGAUCUGGCCCAACGGGAUGCAGAGAUAUCAAAUUUGAGGAUCCGGGCAGACAAUCGAGAACGAGAAUUGAAGAAACUUCUCCGAGAAGUCAACGUGUCUACGGCAGAAGUGGAAAAACGACUCUUACGCCUUGAGCAGGGCUCGGAGGUAUUGGGCUCCUCCAAAUCGACUCAUGGCACGGACAGGGUGGUCUCGGCCACUUCUCUAGACGGCAUGAUGACUGAAGCAAUGGAGGAUGGCCUAGUGACUGAUAGUCCUGUUGAAGGUUUCCCGGCUUUUGACACAGGUUCUGCUCUGCCAAGCUCCAAGUCGGCACCCCAAUCUGAAACGCAAAGUACUCGGAGCAGAACUGGAUCACAAGAUAUCAAUCAGUUGAGAAACAGUGCAACCCCGAGUCGGGCAAAUAGCGUUCUUAGUGAAAGCAGCCAGGACAUGGAUGCCACCAUCCGACCACGUGGGGCAGCAUCAACUUCCAAAAGUUCCACAUUGCAAAAUAUUUUCCAGGCGCCGGCACAGUCGUCGUCGAGCUAUUUUAUUGGUGGUAAGCCUGGGAAAAAGGUAAAGCUCGGCGACGAGGUUAGUGUCCGUUCGAAUCAGUCCGGCCGUUCCUUCGCUUCCUGGACUCAAAUCUUCAGUGGAAGAAAUCAAAAUACCAGAUCUCGAGCAUCAUCUUUGGGACAAGAUGCCGUGGCUCCACCACCCACAAAUGAGAUGGAGGGAGCAUCGGCGGCAUUAUCCAAGAUCCGUACUACUCCCUCACAAGCUGCAACAAAGUCUGCCCAGUCACUCCCUGCUGCUACGAGUCAAAAAGGAAGACCGGUCAACAAAAGAACCUCCACGGCGAGCAGGCUCUCUGCCAGCCCAAAUCAUGUCAGGAAAGAGUCGAAUGCUAGUAGCCUUCCUCCCACAGUCGAACUGGAUUCCAUGAUUGAGAGCUCACAACUACCACCUACCAUGACAACUCACAACAACGACCCCUCCGGGCUUUUGACCGAUCGGUUUGGAUUCAUUUACGAUCAGAAACGACGAAAGAGGCAGGAUCUGCAAGUGCGAGAGCACAGAAGAAACAAGAAAAGUGGUGCCGAGACUAUUGCAAGUUUCCGCACAGGCGAAAGUCCGCAGGCAGAUGGAUUAUUGACGGAGAGACCACUAACUCCCGCGUCGAUCGAUGAUGAUGCUCCAAAGAAAUCCUGGCAGGAUUAUCUCAAAGUCUCGUCAUCAGCAAAUCCUGGCCGCCCAAAAGAACUACUUUCACAUACUCCAUCUGCCGGAGCUGUGGUGACCGUCAGCACUUUUGACGCCGAAGGUACAAUUACUCCCCCACGCCCGCGAGACACUUCCGUUUCCAUAUCGGCCUCCAAAGCACUCCUGUCACUCAGUGGAGUUACAGAGCCACUGUCAUCUGCUGUGAAUGUUACUACAGGAGACUUCACACCUGAUUCAGACAUUGAUAAUCAAAAUGACUCUGGUUCAGCAAGACUAUUGCUGGAACAACUAACAGAUCUUCAUGACGCUCUACAGUCCGAGCGCGGAGUUCGGUGGAACGACUUCCUCCGUCGUGUCCGGGCUGAAAGGGCAAACACUGAUCGAGCCACCAACAACACGCCCGAAGCCGAAUUACUCAACGGAGAGCUUACUGGCAUAGCAACUCUGGGGCGAUCUACGAAGACUAAGAACAAGUACCUGCAUUUCAAGUCGCUGGUCUUGGCAGGAAUUCCUGUAUCUCUUCGACCUAAAAUCUGGGCUGAGUGUUCAGGUGCUACAGGGCUACGCAAUCCGGGAUACUAUGAAGAUUUGGUGGCUCGCUCGGAGGACGGUGCUGACAUUGAUGUGGAUAUUGCAAAUCAGAUCAAAGCAGACGUUCGUCGCACCUUGACAGAUAACGUUUUCUUCCGUCAAGGUCCGGGUGUUCAGAGGCUUGAGGAGAUAUUACGAGCGUAUUCGCUACACAAUCCUCGCAUUGGUUACUGCCAAGGAAUGAAUCUAAUCACAGCUUCGCUACUGCUUAUUUGCGCCACAGCCGAAGAUUGUUUUUGGCUUCUGGUAGCGAUGAUUGAUGUCAUACUUCCGAGUCAAUACUUCAGCUCCACCUUGCUUGUUGCAAGAGCCGAUCAAGUCGUUCUUCGGCAAUAUGUUACUGAAGUACUCCCAAGACUGAGUGCAAAACUCGAGGAGCUUGGCGUUGAGCUGGAGGCUUGCACUUUCCACUGGUUCUUAUCAUUGUAUGCCGGUGUUCUAACUGGCGGCGAGGCCUUAUAUCGUGUUUGGGACGUGAUCUCUGAUGCCACGCCCUUCACCUCCAACACAACACGAAAUAUUGCUGUAGAUAUCGCCGGUCUCAACAUUGGGAGCACGCCCGCCACACCAGUGACACCCAAUAUGCCAGAUACUGAGCGCGAAGAUGAUGAACACGAUGGUACCAGCUCGCCAUUUUUGUUCCAACUUGCCCUGGCAUUGUUGAAGUUGAAUGAGAACGCCAUAUUGGCCCUCGAUUCGGCAGCCCAAGUAUACACUUAUAUUAACCACAACAUGACCAACCAUGCUAUCAGUAUCGAUCAACUUAUUCAAGCAAGCGAAGCACUACGAACAAGCGUUAAGAGAAGCGAUGUGCUUGAGAAACGCAGGGCGGCCAUCAAAGAGCUAGGUGUCUAG